CCGUCGCGUGCCCCCGGAACGCGCCAAAGCGCGCGCUUACUGGGCUGGAACUCGCGCGGCAGAAUGCAAGCUUGUUGCAUUGCAAAGGACACCACGUUGCUUGCGUAUAAAGUCUCAGCCCGUCACUUGACCUCCCGGACAAGGCUGUGGGGACCGUAGACUUCUCAGACAUGAGCGACGACGACCAGACGAAACAUCACAUGGAAUGUGCCAGGUCCCUGUCGCCAUCGACUGGCAAGAAGCUGCCGCGAAUGCCUAAGUGCUCCAGAUGCCGGAACCACGGCUUCGUGUCGCCUUUGAAGGGGCACAAGCGUUUUUGCAACUGGAAAGACUGCCAGUGUCAGAAGUGCAAACUGAUCUCGGAACGCCAACGGGUCAUGGCGGCCCAGGUGGCUCUCCGAAGGCAGCAGGCGCAGGAGGAGGAGAUGGGCAUUUGCAGUCCGAUUCAUCUGUCCGGCACUGAGCUUGUGGUUAAGGACGAGGCGACCAGGGACAGGGCCUGCUUCUUCUCCGUGGGGGAGAAGUCCCCACCUGCAUCCACAACCAGCACCGCCACAUCCCCCUCUGCUGCAGGUACAGCCAGCCCAGUGUCUCACAUGCUCUACUCAGCCAAAGGGGGCAGUUCGGGAGUUUACACUUUCCAGA